AUGUGGUCUGUGUUAACAUGGAUACGAGAUGUAGUUGCUGAGUAUACUUGGUUUUGGUGGCCAUCUAAUGGCUCAAAUUCGAAUGCAAUACUUCUUGUCGGUUUAGAUGAUGCCGGCAAAACGACAUUAACUGGUCGCUUAACUCAAAAUCGUCUUAUUCAAGCACCACCAACUGGUAAACCAUCAAAACAUGAAUUUAAAAUUGGCUCAACUACCUUAACUCUAACUGAUGUUGGUGGUCAUCAACAAGCAAGACGUUUAUGGCGAGAUUAUAUGUUUGCUUCCACACGUCUUAUUUUCAUGAUUGAUGCGAGUAAUCGUCAACGCAUUCCUGAAGCACGUUAUGAAUUAUUACAAAUAUUAAAUGAUGAUAAUAUGAAUUUUGCACCUCUAUUGAUUCUCGGGAAUAAAAUUGAUAAUGUUGACACUGCAUAUAGUGAAAGUGACUUAAGAUAUCAUCUGCAAAUUGACAAAUAUCUCAAUGAAGAAAAUCCUCGAGUUAAAUUAUGUAUGUGUAGUAUCAAAAGACAUGAAGGUUUUACUGAUGGCUUGCAGUGGCUCAUUAAACGACCGAUUAAUUCAGAAAAUUAG